CCUACAAAAUAUACACAACACAUUAAUUAAGAUCAAGCAUAACAGUCCUUUUCCGUUAACUUCCCCUUCCAAACAAACCUCGAGUCCACAACACAAAUAUCUCACCGGAAAGUGACGUAAUCACCGGCGAUGAUACGAGCGGUUAUUGUAAUCAACGAUCAAGGCAAGCCUCGCCUUGUCAAAUUCUACGAGUAUCAGCCGGUGGAGAAACAACAGGAAAUCAUUCGGAACAUAUACGGAGUUCUAUGCAGUCGAGCUGAGAAUGUGAGCAACUUUGUUCAGGAUUCAACUUUUGGACCGGAUACCCGACUUGUAUACAAGACCUUUGCUACACUAUACUUCAUUGUCAUAUUUGAUGAGUCUGAAAACGAACUUGCUAUACUAGAUCUUAUGCAAGUAUUUGUGGAGACGUUGGACAAGUGUUUCAGUAAUGUGUGUGAGCUCGAUAUUGUUUUCAAUUUCAACAAGGUACAUACCAUACUUGAUGAGAUUAUUUUGGGUGGUCAAGUUGUGGAAAUGAGUUCUUCUGAGGUUGUCAAAUCAAUCGAAGACAUUUCUUGGCUGGAGAAGAACCCGAAUUCUAUCACAAGAGUUUCAAAAUCCAUAUCCAGUUGGCAGGGACGCUAAAUAGACCGAGUGUAACAUGUAUCAUUACAUCGUUUGAAUCGGAUAUUGUCCCAUUUAAUGUAGCGAUAGAUAUGGACUAGUGUGUUUAUUUCCGGACAUUAUUAUUUAUUCGAGUAUUGUGUUACCAUAUAACACACGAAAUUAAAGAAA